GGUUUAGCAAGAAGUUAUGAAGUGAGGGAACUAUCAGACGUUGCUGGUUACUCUGUCUCUACAGGUGUCUUAUUUGACUAUGGAUUUUACAUGCUUUUUAAGCGUAAUUUUUGCCUUGUUUCCUGCUUAUGUAACCUGUUUGGAGAAUUAUGAAGGGAGCAUGCCAAAUGCUAAUUUGCAAAGAGUUUCAGCACGCAUUUUCCCAGUGCCUGGCUCAGAGGUAAAACAAAUUGGAAACUGGAAUGAUCCUGUUUACGCUUCAGCUCCCCAGCGCCACUUUCAAGACACCAAAGAAAGUUAUGUUACUCCUAAAGACAGAUUGUUUGCAGGAUCAGCCUUGAAAUCAGAUUCAAAUGAUUGUCAUACAUCUGGUAAAAGUGAUAAUCAAGAUCAUCACUUGAUUAACUAUAAGCCUUCUUUGUCUUUUCCAAAAUAUGACUUGUCUGGGUUUGGUCAACCCUCGGUUCUGUAUGAAUCCCGUAAAGAUGCCUUCAAAGCCGCUUCUACCUCAUCUCAAAGUGGGUCCACUUUAAGAACCCUAAAUGUACCCUCUAGAGGUGAAUCUAGUUAUGAGUUUGCUAAAACUGCUGGAUCUAAUGAGAUCUCUGUUGUAAAGAAUCCUAAAAACAUGCAAAGCUAUAUGAAGUUAAAAUCUGAAGUUACCAGAGGCCCACUUGCAACAGGCCCGAAUCGUGGACCAACUUCAAUCUCUGGACAGAUUUCCAAUCAGUAUACUUCAUCAAAGGGAAGCCAGAGUACUAGCAAACUUCAGCCAGCCAGUAGCAGUUAUGGCCCAAUAAUGAAGGGAAACCCUGUGUAUUCAAGGAUGAAUCCAAUAAAGCCCUCUUAUGGUGGAUUUAAAUACACUGGGGCCAAGCCUUUGGUUGUUAGCUCAGGACCAAUCUUUGUAGUUCAAGGUGAAGGAAAUGCUAAAGGUCUUGGAGGCUAUAGUGGGCAUCCAGAGUCUGUAAAACCACUUGGAGGUCCCAGUCACAUUAACCCCUAUCAGGCCAGUAAUAUUUAUAGAUCGACUGAAAGCAGUCAGGGCAAAUUAAAGGGUAAACCUCUUCACUACUCCACGAGUGGAACUCAAUAUAGUCCCAGCUCUGAGCCAAGAAAACCCUCCAAAAACGACUGUAGGAACAAUGAUGCUAGAUCUUCAAUUGCCAGCUCUGGCAGGAUUCUUCUCAAGGCCCCAGAAAGCGCUCAAAUAAACAAGAUGCCACCUCACUAUGAAGCUACCCACAACAAAUUCCAGCAGACUUAUGACCUACGAGAACCUAAUAAAAUCUCCAAGCCUGUCUACCCCUCUCAAAGUUGGGCUCAACGUGAUGUACCCAAGUCCUCAUUAGGCAGCUCUGGUGCAAUCAUGAUACAGGUUCCUGCAAAUGUUCAAAAUAGAGCAGAGUCCAACAAACCCAAAGUUUAUCCCAUUCCAGAGCGUAAAGUACCCUUUGCAUCUGGUCCGACUCCUCAAUACCAGUCUGGGUAUCAGGCCUCUUCUGUGAAGGAAACCCAAUACAAACCGAGCUCAGUGCCCUCAAGGCCUUCUACAGGUAAAUUAGGAUUCGGUGCAACUAACCCCACUAUUGCUGGUUCGAAUGAGAUCAAUACGGUCCGUGUUAUACUUAAUAAACUGCCUACAAGCAGCUUUGGUAGUUUGCAGAACCAAUGGGCUUCUGGUGACAUUAACAGGGGUGCUUUCCAAAGUUCCUCACCUCCACGUUACACAGGCCAGAGGCCGGGUCAAAAUGUACUACAGCCUGUUCGUUCUUCACCCUGUUGUUCAAAAGGAGUCCAAAGCCAAGAUGGCAGCAGGCGUAUUGCUGCCGUUCCAAGCGAGUUUGGCCGAGGUACCAUCCGAAGGACUUCUCCUACACUUUCCAGCAGCUACAGACAAGUUGAGCAAAACCAGCCUCAAGUCAACAGCUUGGAUUCCUUGGCCUCGAAGUGUGAAGUGACCCAGAAUAGCCCUGCAGGUUUUGGUCAACAGGGCCCAGUCAGAUUCCAGGAAGCGAACCUUUCCAUCUAGAAGCAGCUCUCGGCGUCUGCUAUGAACCUUGAUUAGGAGUGCGUCUAGGAGGCUGUCAGUCAACAGGCUCCAGUCUCUGCAAGGACUACAGGAUGCUCCGACCCAGUGCGCUGCUGUUUAGUGAUCACUGAAACCGUGGACGCAGGGGACCUAAAUGACUCUCCUCUUGAUGCACCACCCUUUCAAAGACCAUAUUAAUAAAAAUGUUUAAACCUGCGACAAGA